AUGAACGUUUGUUGGCAACAAAGGAAAUUGUUACCAUUUUGCAAAGAGAAAGGGAUCCAAGUUUGUGCAUGGUCUCCUCUUGGAGGUUAUAAUAACAUUUGGGGCACUAACGAAGUCAUCGAGAACGAAGUGCUACAUGAUAUUGCAACUUCAAAAAGCAAGACUGUUCCACAGGUUGCGCUGAGAUGGAUAUAUGAACAAGGAGCAAGUUUUGUUGUGAAGAGUUUCAACAAAGAGAGGAUGAUGCCAAACCUUCAAAUAUUUGAUUGGGAAUUGCAUGAAGAAGAAAAUGAUAAAAUUUUGCAGAUUCCUCAACGAAGACUUGGUACACCAGAUUGGUUCGUUGUACCAAAUGGUCCAAUCAAAUCUGAUGAAGAAUUGCGGGAUGGAGACACAUGA